AUGCAGUCGCGCGCCGUCGACACGCGCGUCACGCUGCAGGUGGCGGAGGGCGUGCCCGUGGGCACGCUGGUGGGCGCCAUCCCCACGCAGCCGGGCUUCACCUACCGCUUCAACGAGGCUCCGCGCGAGUUCUCGCUGGACGCGCGCUCCGGCGCCAUCCGCACCGCCGCCGAGCUCGACCGCGAGGCGCUGCGCUCCGACCGCUACGACCUGGUCGUGCUCUCCAGCCAGCCCACCUACCCGAUCGAGGUGCGCAUCAGCGUGCUGGACGUGAACGACAACGCGCCCGCCUUCCCCGAGCCCAGCAUCGCCGUUUCGUUCAGCGAGAGCGCGGCGCCGGGCACGCGCCUGCUGCUGGACGCCGCCUCGGACGCCGACGCGGGCGCCAACGGCGUCUCCGACGACUACCGCAUCGUGGCCGGCAACCGCGACGACAAGUUCCGGCUGGUGGUGACGGAGAGCCCGGCGGCCGCCGGCGAGCUGCCCUACACCUACCUGCACCUGGAGACGACGGCGCGCCUCGACCGCGAGCAGGUCGCCUGCUACCAGCUGAACGUGUCGGCGCGAGACGGCGGGGAGCCGCCGCGCUUCGGCUUCCUGCUCGUCAACGUCACCGUGCUCGACGUCAACGACAACCCGCCCAUCUUCGACCACAGCGACUACACCGUCUCGCUCAACGAGAGCGCGCCGCCCGGCACGCACGUCCUGCAGGUGACGGCGACGGACAGCGACGUGGGCGACAACGCGCGCAUCGCCUACUACCUGUCGGACGGCGAGCGGCAGUUCGCGGUGGACGCGGAGACGGGCGACAUCACGACGGCCGAGGCGCUCGACUGCCCGCAGCAGUCGUGCGCCAGCGCGCGCCCCGGCGGGCUCGGCGGCUGCCCCAAGAGCUGCGUGUUCACGGUGUUCGCGCGCGACCACGGCAGCCCGCGCCAGGACGGCCGCACCUACGUCACCGUCAACCUGCUCGACGCCAACGACCACGACCCGGUCAUCAAGUUCCGCUACUUCCCGUCCACGUCGGGCUUCGCGACCGUGGACGAGAACGCGGCCAACGGCUCGGUGGUGGCGGCCGUGUCGGUCGUGGACCAGGACGAGGGCCCCAACGGCGAGACGACGGUGGAGAUCCGCGCCGGCAACGAGCUGGGCCACUUCCGGCUGGAUUGCACGCCCAGCUUCGACAUCGUGCGCGUGCACGGCGUGCUGGACCGCGAGCAGGUGAACAAGUACAACCUGACGGUGGUGGCGGCCGACCGCGGCUCGCCGCCGCGCACCGCCACCGCCUUCCUCAUCGUGCACGUCAACGACGUCAACGACCACGAGCCGGUGUUCGCCAAGAGCGAGUACUCGGCCGUGCUGAGCGAGCUGGCGCCCGCGGGCAGCUACGUGGCCAGCAUCGCCGCCGCCGACGAGGACUCGGGCGUGAACGCGCGCAUCUACUACGCGUUCGUGUCGGGCAACGAGCGCGGCUGGUUCGCCAUCGACGAGGACUCGGGGCUGGUGACGACGCGCGCGGCGCUCGACCGCGAGGCGCAGGACACGGCCGAGCUGCGCGUGUCGGCGCGCGACGGCGGGCCCAACCCCAAGUGGGCCUACACCCAGCUCAAGGUGGCCAUCCUCGACGAGAACGACGAGCGGCCACGCUUCUCGCAGGAGCGCAUCGAGGUGAGCCUGCCGGAGAGCGCUCCCGCGGGCACGCUGGUGGCCAUGCUGACGGCCGAGGACGCCGACCAGGGCACCAACGGCUCGGUGGCGUACGAGCUGCCGCGGCCCGCCGACUACCCGGGCGCCUUCUCGCUGGACGCGCUCACCGGCCAGCUGACGACGCGGCGCGCGCUCGACCGCGAGCAGCGCGCGCGCUACGAGGUGCGGGUGGUGGCGCGCGACCGCGGCGUCGCGGCGCCCGCGCUCUCCGCCAGCGCCACCGUCGUCCUCAGCGUGCUCGACGAGAACGACAACAGCCCCGCCUUCUACCCCGCCCACUACUUCGCCACCGUGCCGCACCACCUGCCCGCCGGCGCCACCGUCCUGCAGGUGUCGGCGAGCGACCGCGAUGAGGGAGCCAACGCCGAGCUGCGCUUCGCGCUGGAGGCGGGCGACGCUGCGCUAUUCGCCGUCGAUCCGCGCUCCGGCGCCGUCACGCUGCGCGCGCCGCUGCCGCCGCCGGAGGACGCCGGGGGCGGCGACGACGCCGGGGGCGGCGCCGGCGGCAGUGGCGGCCCGGUGUGGCGGCUGCGCGUGUCGGCGCGCGACGGCGGCGGCCGGCGCGCAGACCCGGACGCCACGGUGGAGCUGGUGGCGAGCGCGCGGCUCGCCGCCCUCGAGUUCGACUCGGCCGCCGGCUACCACUUCGAGGUCGCCGAGGACGACGGCUCGGAGGCGGCGCCGGCGGCGGCGGCGGCGGGCGGCCGCGUCGUGGGCCGCGUGCGAGUGGCGCGCGCCCACCAGGCCGGCGCCGGCGCCGGCGCCGCCGUGACGUACGCCGUCGUGGCGGGCGACCCGGAGGGCAGCUUCGCCGUGGACGCGGCGUCGGGCGUGCUGAGCACGCGCGGCCCGCUGGACCGCGAGCGCGUGGCGCGCUACAGCCUGCGCGUGCUGGCGCGCGCCGGGCUCGCCGCCGGCGAGGCCGUCGUCAACGUCACGGUGCUGGACCUGAACGACAACGCGCCCGAGUUCCCGGGCGCGCCGGCCGAGGUGCGGCUGGCGGAGAACGCGGCCGUGGGCCAGGAGGUGUGCCUGUGCCGGGCGCGCGACCGCGACGCCGCCGCCAACAGCCGGCUCGCCUACAGCCUGGCGCGCGACCCGGACGGCCAGUUCGGCGUGGGCGCCGCCAGCGGCGUCGUCUACCUGCGGCGGCCGGUGCGCGCGCCGCCCGGCGCCGCGCUCUCCGUCGAGGUGGCCGCCACCGACGGCGGGCAGCCGCCGCGCACCGCGCGACACGCCCUCUCCGUGCUCGUCGUCGACGUCAACGACCACACGCCCGUGUUCGACCACACGUCGUACGAGACGUCGCUGCUCGAGUCGACGCCCGUCAACGAGCGCUUCUUCGCGCUGGCCGCGUCCGACGCCGACCUGGGCGCCAACGGGCAGGUGCGCUACGCCAUCAGCGAGGGCGACGCGGCGGGCCGCUUCGGCGUCUUCCCCGACGGCUGGCUGUACGUGCGCAGCGCGCUCGACCGCGAGCAGCGCGACUACUACUCGCUGCUGGUGACCGCCUCCGACGGCGGCGACCCCCCGCGCUCGUCGCAGGUGCCCGUCACCGUGCACGUCGUCGACGAGAACGACAACGCGCCGCAGUUCGCCAACGCCACGUUCGAGUUCCGCGUGCGCGAGAACGAGCCGCCCGACUCGUUCGUGGGCAAGCUGUCGGCGUCGGACCGCGACGUGGGCCGCAACGCCGAGCUGACGUUCGCGCUGUCGGGCGGCGCCGACCAGCGCGACUUCACCGUCGACCCCAAGAACGGCUUCGUCAAGACGCUGCACGUGUUCGACCGCGAGCAGCUGGUGCGCGACACGGGCCAGAGCUACGUGGUGCUGGAGGCCACCGUCACCGACAACGGCGCGCCGCCGCUCGCCGACCGCGUCAAGGUGUACGUGCACGUCGCCGACGAGAACGACAACGCGCCGCGAUUCCUGCGCACGCCCUACCGCGUCCAGGUCUCCGAGGCGGCCGGCGUCGGCACCCAGGUGUUCCGCGUGUUCACGGCGGACGCGGACGAGGGCGCCAACGGGCAGGUGUGGUACUCGCUGGCCGGCGGCAACGAGGAGGGCCGGUUCGCGGUGGACGCGGCCACCGGCGUGGUGACGGUGGCGGCGCCGCUGGACCGCGAGCGCGCGCCCGCCUACCGGCUGCUCGUGGAGGCGCGCGACGCCGCCCCCGACGCGGCGCGCCGCCUCAGCGCCACCGCCGAGCUGGCCGUCGACGUGCUCGACGAGAACGACAACGCGCCGCGCUUCACGGCGCCGCUGCUGCCGCGCGUCUCCGUCGCCGAGACGACGCCCGUCGGCACCGAGCUGGCGCGCUUCGCCGCCGCCGACGCCGACGCGGGCGUCAACGCCGAGGUGAGCUUCUCGCUGGCGGGCGGCAACCGGCGCGACGCGUUCGGCGUGGACGCGGCCACGGGCGCGCUCUACCUGCACCGGCCGCUCGACUACGAGGAGCUGGCGGCGUACGCGCUCAACGUGACGGCGGCCGACGGCGGCAACCCGCGGCUCGCCACCACGCUGCUCUUCCGCGUCGACGUCGAGGACAGCAACGACAACCCGCCCGCCUUCCCCAACACGGCCAUCGUGCGCCAGAUCCGCGAGGGCAUCCCGCAGCGCACGCCCAUCGUGACUGUGGCCGCCGAGGACCCCGACUCGGGCGCCAACGGCGAGGUGGAGUACCGCAUCGGCGCGCAGGAGCCGCCGGGGCCGGCGCACUUCGGCAUCGACCCGGCCACCGGCGUCAUCCACACGCUGCUGCCCGUCGACCGCGAGGCCGUCGACACCUUCCGGCUGACCGUGGUCGCCACGGACCGCGCGCGGCCCCAGUCGGCGCGCCUCUCGGCCGAGAAGCUGGUCACCGUCAUCGUGGAGGACGUCAACGACAACGCGCCCCAGUUCGUGUCGAUGAACGCGGCCGUGCUGCCGGCGGCGGCGCGCCUGCCGCCCGGCGACGACGUGCUCGUGGCCGUGGUGCGCGCGCGAGACCUCGACUCGGGCACCAACGGGCUCGUCACGUACGACCUGGUGAGCGCCGAGCCGGCCGCCGGCGGCGACCACUUCCGGCUCGACCGCAACUCGGGCGCGCUCACGGUGCGCCGCGGCGCCCCCCUGCCCGAGCCGCGCUACCACCUGGCCGUCAAGGCGAGCGACGAGGCGGUGCAGGCGGAGCGCAAGUACAGCGACGCCUACCUCACCGUGCUGGCCGCGCCGCCCGCCGGGGGGCCGGCCGCGGGCGCGCCGCGCUUCGAGCCGGCGGCCGACGCGGCCGGCAGCGUGUACGAGAACGAGCCGGCGGGCACCAGCGUGCUGCGCGUGCGCGCCGCCGUGCCGGGCGCGCCCGCCGCCGCCCUCGAGUACUACGUCACCAACGUGACGUGGGCUGGCGGCGCGCGCCGCCAGGCCGACCGCCUCUUCGACGUGGACGCGCGCCUCGGCGUGCUGAGCACGGCCGCGCCGCUGGACCGCGAGGCGGGCCCGCCCCACUACCUCGUCACCGUGGUCGCCGUCGUCGUGGCCGGCGCGCCGCCCGCCCUCGCCACCGCCACGACGGCAAUGUCGGCGGCACCUCGGCGUUUCGGUGAUCUCCGUGUGUACCUGUACCGCCCGUCGGCAGACGGUUCCCGUAAGCUCGGAACGUUCUGUGUGGAUGUGUCUCGCGUGUACAGACGGUCAGCAGUGGCGGCGGCCGGCUUGUCCUGCGUCUGCCAGUGCUUUCGCUGCUGA